UCUCGAGUCCGGUUUUGAGGUUAGGGUUAGUGACUCAGUGACACUGGAAACGGCGGUUACAAGUUCUCAUGUGUGCACAACGACACGGAAAAAACGAAACUGUCUUAUCCUUUUCGAUGAUCCAGUGACAAGACAAACGCCUACGUGAAGUUGUGUUGUAAAAUUUUAAAGAAAUUCGUGCGUUAAAAAUACAUUAGCGAGAGAAUGAUGCGCACUCUUGUAGUUGAUCUGUUUAUACCUUAUGUAUCAGUAAAGUCUUCUGGAACAAGGGAAUCUACAUACUUUAAGCGGUCUAAAAAUAGCCGUUGCUUCCACUGAGGUUCGUAGACCUUUUCAUUCCUCGAACGUGAUUGCGGAGGCGGUCGAUGGUUUGAGUAUAUAUCUCUCGAAAUCGAUUAAUGAAUCGCGAUGCAACACGUGACUUAACGAUCCAUCGUGUUGGUCCUAUAUGUUUGACGCGAGUUCAAAGACCCAAGAACGUCUCGUUGCCAAAAUUCGAAAGAUUUACGUUGAUUUUAAUACGAUAAUUGUGUUCUGAAGGAUGUACCUGUGCAACGAAAAAAGCUCGAGAUGCGAGUAGCGUUAUAACCAAUUUCUGAACGUGACAAGGAGAAAACGUAAGAAAAGAUGGACACGAAACAGCGGUAUAGUGUGCUGAUAAUUCGUUACAAUGGAUAAACAAAAGAUAAAGUGAAAAUGUCACAAACUGCGGAUGCUGAAAGUGAAGCAGGCUCCAUCUGCGACGAGGAACGCGUCAGGAAGCUGUUUCAAGCAUGCGACGGCGACGGAGAUGGUUUUAUCGACAGUCAGGAUCUGCUGACGGUAUGCAGGGAACUGAAUCUGGAGAACUCGGUGGAGGAGUUAAUGAGAGAAUUGGGGGCGGACGAGCACGGUCGCAUUUCCUAUCAAGAGUUCCUGAGGUGUCGGUUGGCCCUACGACCGGAGAUCGAGGCCCUCAGGUCCGGCAAGCACAGAACUAGUCCCCACCACACGCACACGCCCGAAUACCUGCCGACGAGCAGCGACAACAGCCUCGGCACCAUAUCCGGGCGGCAUGAACGCUGGGAAUUCGACAGCGGGGCACGCGAUCUCUCACCGGAGCCCCACACUCUGCAGAAACUGGUGGAAGCUGCCGCGGGAGGGACUGGCAACAUGCUGGACUUGGCAAACAAGCUGCACGCGGCCGCCCUAUCGUCGUUGCGGUCCGAGGUGGCCGAGUUGAAUGCGAGGUUGGUGGCGGAGACACGAGCCAGGGAGGCGACCGAGGCGGCUUUGGUCCGCGCGGAGCUUCAGGCGGCGCGAGCGGAACAGAAGGUGGAGCAACAAGCGGCGAGGCACGAGGAGCGGCUCACCGAGUUACAUUCCGUGAUCGCCGAGCUUGGCAGGCAGCUCGAGAGGCAUCGAGCUACCGUAAUUGCCGAGGAGGAUGAGUCUGAGAUAGAAACGAGCAGAGACGCGGAGGGAUCUAUCACUAAUCCUGUCGAAGAGAGCGAAGGCGGAGGUGACAUUCAGGGGGAUGGAGAUCGUACCUUAGGCGAUGCCGAUUCCAGCUGCUGCGAGGACAUCGAGCCACGUACUGUCGAGAAUGGCAGAGAGCAAUUGGACAGUCCGGCGGCGUUACCAACGCCGGAACCGACACAACAGGCGGCUUCGUGCCAAAGCGUGGCCGUGGCAGCGUUGCAAGAAGAGGUCACAGCCCUUCGAGCGGAGAUCGCCAGCUUGCAGGCUCAACUGGCCAAUUUCAAGAAUCAGGCUAACAAUCAGAGGCAACAGGCUGGCAGCGAGUCGCCCCGUAGAGAAGCACGAACAAGAGGCAACACCAGCUCACCGGAACCUUUGAGUGCACCUUGCUCGCCACUCUUGCCACCCCUGCAGACACCGCCGACAAAGAGCGUAACGAGGGAGGAAGUUCCAGUUCUUAAAAUAGCCGAGAGGGUAAGACUCAGGAGGACCGACGAGAGGCACAUCACAGGACCCGAUAUUACUAAUCUGGGGGUGUGUUCCACGAUGGUGGCCGAGCAUCUAGUGUCAGAUCUUCUGGAACACUCAAACAUUCAAGAAUUGAACGGAUCCGAGAAACAAUUCGAAGUAGAGACGGAAAGAUUGAACAGCAGGUUAGAGCAUGCUCGAACGAACAACGCGGUUCUUGCCUUGACUUUACACGAGAGUAAGGCGCAAUGCGACAGAUUGAGUCUUUUAGUGGGAAAGUACGAAUCGAAUGCGAUUGCAUUACGAUUAGCCCUUUCUUAUAGCGAUCGCGCGAUAGAGGCUUAUGAUGUGUUGGUAGCGUUGCUGGAAAGCGAGAUUGCCCUAUCGACGGAAAGAAAUAGCAUCACGAUCGAAAACAGGAGAGCGGCCGAACAUGUAGCCUGUCAUGUGUUGAAUAAACUUGAAAAUGAAUGUAUGAAUACCUUGAAUGCACCGUGGGAAGAUAGUAUAGUUUUGUCGGACGAAUCCGAAGUGACUUGGUGCGUUGAAGAUGAGCAAAGACUUAGAAGACACAUUAGCAGAUUGAAAGGGGAACGAGCUAUGGUUAGAUCGACUGUAGUGGAAUUAGAAAGCGUUCACGCUGAACCACUAAACUCGAAAAACACGAUUUCUCUCGCCGAAGCUCGAAAAUUAGAUUUAGAAACAGCUGUACUUAUGCAGGAAUUAAUGGCUAUGAGAGAGGAUAAGGCAGAGCUACGAGCACGAGUUUUUCUGUUGGAAAAGGAACGAGCUACUAUAGAAUUGAAAUUAAAUGCACGUGAUACGCAAAUUGCAGCUCAGCAUGCCGCCAUUGAACAUCUUCAGGGUCAACUCAGAGAUACAGAGGCCAUGCUGGCAAUGGCUACGAAUAAAGAUCGAGGUUUAAGCGAUAACGAAAGUGAAGGCAUGGAAUCCGAAUUAAUAGAAGCAUUAGGACGAGAGGCUAGACUAAAAGAACGAUUGCAAGAAUUAGUUUCUACUUUAGAUAAAGUUAAUAAAAAUUCUGAAUUGAGGCAUCAACAAUCAGCCGAGCUUAUUAAUGAUUUAAAAAGAGCGAAUGGAGCCUUGGUACAAACUUUAGAGAAGUCUAAGAAAAAAUAUCAAUCCAGAUUAAAGAAAUUGGAACAACAAAUGUUGGGUAUGGUGGAAAGACAUGCUGCUCAGGUAAAAUCUUUAAAACAACGGAUAGCAUUGCUAGAGGAGGAAUCGGCAGGAUAUAAAACAAGUUUACCACUUCAAUCACAGAGUUCUGGUGCCAGCGAAACAUCAUUAUGACAAUUUAGUGAUUAAUCGAAAUCGAUUGAUAAAGGCUUUACGAGUGUUUUUACUAUUCUUCCUGUCAUUACAAAACGAUUAAAAUACAGAUAAAAUUUACGUAUUUUUUUAUACCAAUAGUUGCCCAAGAAUAACGCUUGAUUAUUCGCUUUUGUAAUUAUAUAAAAAAAGAAUACGAGUUAGUAGCUAUCCUAAAAUUUAAAUUACAAGCUAAGCUUAUGCAAAAAUGUGCUAGUGAUACAUCAAUGCGAGCAAACUAUUUAAAAUAGUCCUCCAAGUAUAUUGUGAAUUAUAAAUAAUUGUUAUAUGAUACUAUAUGUCAUUUAUAGACGAUGAUAGUCAUCUUGUAAAUAUGUAUAUUUCAAGCAUUAAAGAAAAGCGUGAUAUGUGUAAACUAUGAUGAAAUAAAUUGUGCUUUAUUAAA